AUGGACCAUGAGAUGGAGCAGAAGGGAUGUCUCUGCCGGAUCAAGAACUGCGCCAUCGAGCUCUUCUCUGCCAUGGAGGAGGAUCUGGAGGUGGACGACGAGGACUCGUGGGACCUUGUCGGAAGGGACCUCCGGCUAAAGGCCACCUUCCUGUACAUUGACCUCAGCCGCGUGAUCGCCUCCUGCGAGGGCGAAGAGCACAAGAAGGCGCUCAGUGUCCUUGCCAACAAGUUCUUCUACUCCAUGGAUGAGCUGGGCGACGCAGUGGAGAGCAGAAGCCUCCCUCUGACGCAGGUGCGCUACAGCGACACCGCUGACGCGCUCCGCGAGGUGGUCGCCGUCCUCGCGCCGUCCCUGCUGCAGUUCGGCCCGCAUGAUCCGGAGGAAUAG